AUGCAGGAGAGUGUUAGAGAUACGACCAGUAGCGGACACUUCACAACACCUACUUUGUGUCAUACCAUCACUUCAUGCCAAACGAAUGGACCUUUCUAUGCAACAUGGAAGAAAAUGGAACUUGACUGUGGUAGAUGCCAUCAACCUGGUCAUCAUGUACGCCAUUGUCCUGAUAAUCCACAAAGGAAUCGUGCUUGCUAUAAUUGUGGCGUUAUUGGCCAUAUAGCUGCAGAUGGGCCAACAAGAUCAACCUCGACUCGUGGUGCGACACCCAAAAAGAAGAGGAAAGCACGCAACCAAUCAACAUCUCUUCCUGGCAUUACACAUGACCCACAAGUUUUGCCAACAAAGCAACAAUCAACAUCUCUUCCUGGCAAUCAAGUGAGAGAAGUUAAACGCGGCUUGAAGAUUGAUCGUGGCAUUGGAGGCAUGCAAGAUGGAUACAAUAAUGCUGAGAUGUUGAAAGUUAGCGACUACCUCCUUGUUAAUGGUCUUGAAUCGGAUCUUCGAGAGCGUAUGACUUUUGCCAACAAAGCAACAAUCAACAUGGAUAAAAAUCCCGAUCUUCUCCACAUGAUUGAUCCCACUACCAAAGUACCUCGAUUUUGGUAUCGGUCUUUGCAUGCAUCGGAUCCAGCCAAAGAAAAAAUCUCGCCAUCCACAAUUGAGAAACAACGUGCUUUUAAGCAGUAUCUCAAGGAACAGGCGCCUCAUCUCGCUCUUCGACUCAUUGGCCAAGGGCUGUCGGCGCAAUCUGAAAUCAACAAUAUGGAACAAUCAUCUGGUAACGCUUUGGGUCCUGAGCAGCAUCAGGGCCCCAACUCUACGUAUCAAUAA